AUGGCCUCGUUUCCCAAUAUUUGGACUCACCGUAAGGUGGCCGACACGGCUUCCAAGCCUUGUGAGAUUUGCUAUAAACCUAGUGCAAGUGUCCUGAUAACUCCGGAAAACAAGGAUUUUUUCUAUGUUUGCCCAUCACAUUUAAAGGACAAAGGGUUUGCUACACCUAUCAUAGAUGAGGCUGCUAUUGCUGCUAAGAAAAAGAAAGAGUUGGACGAUGAAAUUGAACGCGUGAAGCAAGAAUUUGAAGAGAAGCAGAAGAAGAAGAAGGAGGAAGAUACCUCCAAAAAGGACGAUAAGGAGAAGGAUAGUAAAGAUAAGAAUGGCGAGGGGGAAACGGAUGAGAAGAAGACUGAUGAAAAGAAGAAGUCGGAUACUCUCGCAUCAUCGACACAAAAUUCAACUCCUGACGAGGAGCCUAGAGUAUUUUCUCUCAAAAAGAUGUUCUAUCAACAGAGACUUGACAAAAAGAAGCAGGCUGAAAUUGCAAGACGAAAUCGUGAACGUUUUCAAAACCCGAACCUAUUUCCUCAGGUCCCAAAAGGUUUACCUUGA